AUGGGAUGCUCUUUUUAAAAGAAGAAAGCUAUGGGUUAAAAAACACAGCUUUUUCGAACGGGAGCUGAUAUCUUGGAUGAAGUAAAAGAUGUAGAUAUAGAAAUCUUUGGUGUCAUACUAGAAUUAUUAAGAAAGGAGCAAGGUAAAGAUUGCAUUGGAUUUUUAUCAGAUAUUGGGAAUCAGAAACAAUUAGAAUUAUAAAUUUUAUAAUAAUUAAGGAAUAUUACCCAAGCUGAUAUAGAAUAGAAAUUGUCUGUUAUUGGAAAUGACAUGAAAUAAAUUACAAAUUUAUUAAAAAAAUUAAAAAAUCAUGACUUCAAUUACAAAGACUUUUCCUCUAAAGAGAAUGAAGAAUCAACAUUAAGUUUAAUUUAAAGCAUCAAAGAUAAUAGAAGGAUCAUUGAAUUUUUGUAAUUUUUAGUUCACCUUACAGCUAUAGAUAACACUUUUAUCUAAUGUGGAUCUAAUUCAUUACAUACCUUAGUUUAGAUGAAGGUAGAUAUGAGUAACCAAUCUUUUGUAAAUAUCAGGAUGAAGAAUACUUCUUUAAUUGGGGGUAACUUUGUUAGAAGUAACUUGAGUGGAUCUGAGUUUGAUAAUGUAGAUAUCAGCGGAUUGAAUUUGAAUGGAGCUUAACUAUUCAAUUGUAAAUGGAAGAACUUGAAAAUCCAUGAAUUGAAUAGGUUGGAUGGUCAUAGUAGUUAUGUUAAAUAAGUCUGUUUCUCUCCUGACGGAAAUACAUUAGCUUCUGGUAGUGGUGAUUGUUCUAUUCGUCUAUGGGAUGUCAAAACAGGAUAAUAAAAAGCCAUAUUAGAUGGUCAUAGUGACUAUGUUAUGUCAGUUUGUUUCUCUCCUGAUGGAAAUACAUUAGCUUCUGGAAUUGGUAAAGGGUCUAUAAUAUUAUGGGAUACUAAAACAAGAAAGAAAAGAGCCAAAUUAGAUGGUCAUUCAUAUGGUGUAAUGUCAUUCUGUUUCUCUCCUGAUGGUAAUACAUUGGCUUCUGGUAGUGUAGAUAAGUCUAUCCGUCUAUGGGAUGUCAAAACAGGAUAAUAAAAAGCCCAAUUAGAUGGUCAUAGUGACAUUGUUAUGUCAGUCUGUUUCUCUCCUGAUGGAAAUGCAUUAGCUUCUGGUAGUUAUGAUAAGUCAAUCCGUCUAUGGGAAAUCAAAACAGGAUAAUAAAAAGCCAAAUUACAUGGUCAUAGUGGAUAUGUAAUGUCAUUCUGUUUCUCUCCUGAUGGUAAUACAUUGGCUUCUGGUAGUAGAGAUAACUCUAUCCGUCUAUGGGAUGUCAAAACAGGAUAAUAAAAAGCCAAAUUAGAUGGUCAUAGUAGUUAUGUCUACUCAGUCUGUUUCUCUCCUGAUGGAAAUACAUUAACUUCUAGUAGUAAUGAUAACUCUAUCCGCCUAUGGGAUGUAAAGACAGGAUAAGAAAUUAAAUCCUCUGAUAAAAACUACAAAGAUAUUCUUGCAUAAUUAAAAAUCCCACUCUAAUAAAAUAGUGCAAUAUAAGAAGGUAAUAUUAUUUUUUUUUGAUAUUUUAGCAUCCAAUUACAUCACUACACUCCUCAUAUCUUAAUAGGCCAUAUUUUAAGCAUAAGGAGCACUAAUUUUGAGAGGAGAGUUUAUCAAUCAAUCAGGUAUAGACUUAAAGACAUUGUUUAAACAAAAAGGAAGUUGCAUUUUAGAAGACCUUAAGUAAAAGUGA